AGAGUUUCGUUGCGGCUCCAGGGUCGAGGGUAGGGGCCGGCGCAAUGGAGGGCAGAAUGGAGCUAGAAUGCACCAUGGACGAGCAGGAUGUGGUCGUGCUGGAUGCUGGAUCUGGCUUUCUAAAGGUCGGAUUCUGCGGGGAAGAUGCACCACGCGCAGUCCUUCCCACUGCCAUGGCCACUGCCACGGCAGACGAAAGCAGAGAGGAUGAGGCUGUUUCUGGCGACGCCCAGAAAAAGAGUCAGGUCUUCUAUGGGGAAGAGGCUGUUCUGCAGGAGAGCGCAGUGAUCACUCGCCCGGUGCAGCGGGGUGAGCUCCAACUUUCGGCCCCGGAGAAAGAGGCGAUGGAGAGCCUUCUCGAACACGUCUUUCGAAAUGUGUUAGGCGUGGAGGAGGACCUGCCGUGCCUCAUAGCUGACACCAUGCCACUGGGUCAGAGCUCUUAUGCUACACGCCAGUGGAUAGCAGAGGUGAUGUUUGAGAAGAUAAAGGUCAAAUCAUUGGCCAUCUUCAAUACAGCUGCAUUGAGCCUGUUCUCCACGGGGCGCACCCGAGGCCUGGUUGUAGAAAGCGGUGAAGGUAUCACACAGGCUGUUCCAGUGUUUGAGGGCUAUGCGAUACCGCACGCUAUCUUCAAGAUGAAGGUUGCAGGGCAAGACAUCACCCAGCGCAUCCAGACCCUCAUGGGGGAGGAGCUCGGAGAACCUCAGAGCUACCGAACCAUGCAGGCUCUCAAGGAGAAGGUUUGCUUCGUAGCGCCGUCGAGUAGUGGGGUUCCGGCGCCUGAUGGGGACGAGGAAGCUAGAUCUUUCGAGCUGCCGGAUGGCAAGAUCAUCCAGGUCAGUGAGAAGAUCCGAGCCGGAGCAACAGAGAUCUUGUUCGGCGGUGUAGAAGGAGAGGCGUCCAUGCAGAAAAUUUGCCUGGAUGCCAUCAACACCGUCGACCUCGAUUUUCGGCAGGACCUGGUGAAGAGCGUGGUUGUGGCAGGUGGGACCUCCAUGCUGCAGAACCUGGCUCCAAGGCUGAGAUUGGAGCUGAAGAGCGCCCUGGCAUCUGACCUGUCCCGAACUGUGGAGGUGGUCAGCGACUCCCAGCGCCGCUUCGCCGCCUGGAUCGGCGGCUCCAUGUUUGCCUCGAUGUCCACCUACGACCAGGUGGCCAUCACCAAGCAGGAGUACGAAGAGGGCAAAGCGGAUGUUCGUGGACUGGUGGCGCGGAAGACGUUCUAAGGUUGAAGUCCUGAGCGCAUCGAAUGCGUGCGGACUGCUCGGUCUCACCC